AUGGCUAUCCUCACUCGAUUUAAAUCCUAUAUCAGGGGCCAGGAGACUGUGCCUGGUGAAGCCAAGCUGCUCCGAAAAAUUGAUGCAUUCAUCCUGUCGUUUUGUUGUCUCUGCUAUUUCGCCAAUUAUUUGGACCGCAGUAAUCUCAACAAUGCAUAUGUCUCAGGGAUGAAGGAGGAGCUCAAGUUCAAGGGAAACCAGCUCAACUUGAUCAACACUGUGUUCACUGUUGGGUACAUCAUUGGACAAGUUCCAUCUAAUCUGGCUCUGACAUAUCUACGGCCGCAUAUAUUCUUCCCGGCUAUGAUGUUGAUCUGGGGCGGUCUGACUAUGGUCACCGCUGCGGUGCACACCCCUCAGAGUAUCAUGGCGAUCCGCUUCUUCCUGGGCUUAGCCGAGUCAAGCACAUUUGUCGGGACGCAUUAUAUUCUUGGCUCCUGGUACACAGAAAAGGAGCUGGGAAAGCGCAGCGGUAUUUUUACAGCGUCAGGUCUGGCUGGAACAAUGUUUGGCGGGUUUAUCCAGACCGGCAUUCAAAAAUCCCUUAAUGGCGCUCACGGACUCGCGGGUUGGCGAUGGCUGUUCAUUAUUGACGGCCUGAUUACUAUCCCCAUCGCGAUAUAUGGCUUCCUGUUAUUCCCCGACACGCCAACAACCACGAAAGCCCCGUACCUGACAUCUGAAGAGCGAGCCAUGGCAAUUGCACGCAUCCCAGAGUCCGGCUCAGUCAAAGUCCCACUCAAUCUCACUUUUGCGAAACGUAUCUUCACCUCCUGGCACUGGUACGGCUUUGUCAUCCUAUGGAUCAUCGCCGGAGAAACAGAGUCAUUCUCCAGUAAUGCCCUGUUGGCACUCUACAUGAAGUCAUCGCCAACUCACCACUACACGGUCUCCCAGUUAAACGACUACCCAACAGGUGUGCCAGCAGUAGGAAUAGUCUCUACACUAUUCUGGGCCACAUUAACAGAUUUCAUGGGUGGCAAGCGGUACCUAGUCGGAUACUUCAUUGCUAUCACUGGAAUCGUGACUUCGGCUAUGAUACUGACUCGGUUCGAGGAUACUGCCGUCGUAUUCGGUGCCUACUACUGGGCUGGAGCUGUAUAUGCCUGUCAAGCGACCUUCUUUGCAUGGUGCAAUGAUGCCAUGCGUUACCAGGAUGACCGGUUCCGGUCCGUGGUCAUUGCCAGUAUGAACAUGGGCAGUAAUGCGGUGAAUGCUUGGUGGAUUCUGCUUUUCUACUCGGCCAACUUUGCGCCGAGGUUUACUAAGGGUAUGUGGGCGAUGAUUGGGUGCUCGAUUGCGCUGGCGAUUUGGACGACGGGUAUCAUUUUGAUGACUGUAAGGGAAGAGAAGAAGAGAGAAGGGCAGGAGCUUCGCUUAGGAGAUGCCGAUGUGAAGCGAAUUGAGGAGACUACUACGGAGGUUUAA